CCUCACAAACAAUAUCCAGGACCCAGACUACCUUCAUUAACAAUUAACAAUACCAUUUACAUCUGUAAAUUAGGUAUACAUCAUCCAGUUAUAUGUCGUUCCCGCUUCCCAUCAUGCCGUGCGAUAUACAUUUCUACAGUUUUAAGAAGCCGGUUUCAUAAAUGUAUACUUUCUAAAAAAUAAAAAGUAAAGCAUGAUUACCAAAAAGGUUUAUUGCUAGUUGAAAACUUUACCCAAUACCCCGCCGUGACGACUUGAAAUAUAGUCGGCGCUGACCAUUUUUUGACGGUCUCUUAGGAGGCUGAUAUUAUUGUGAAAGUUAGAAGAGGUUAGUCUAUAGUUGAUAGUUUAUGCAUUGUUUACCAUUAGUAGAUAAGUGAUAAAAUAAUACAUGAUUAUAUAUCUAAUAGCUCAGUGGUUAAGGUACUUGUAAUCGGAAGGUUGCGCCUUCUUCGCCUCUCUCAUCGCCCUUCGUAUGCCGCAGACUUGUACUAGUCCAUGUUCCCACUGAUGAUCCCCGCGUUGUAGGAAUCAGUGCGAAAGUUCGGAGUCUGGUUGGGAAACGUCUUGAUGGAGGCUCUUGGGAUCGUAUCAUCCAACGGUUUUUCAAUAAACCCUACUACCGCCUACGUGUACUCGCUGACAUCAUCAGCGAUGACCCAGAACAUAAUCUAUACACGUAACCUUUGACGGAAAUGUCUAAAAGUAAGAGGUACAUUGUAGCUAGCGAUGAUGAAGACAAAAAUAAUCAGUUAAAACGAACCAAACUAGAUACUGUUAAGGAGAGACACGUAGCUGGGGUGAUUCUCGCUCGUGGCGGCAGCAAAGGAAUUCCUCUGAAGAACAUAAAAUUGCUGGCGGGUGUUCCACUGAUCGGAUGGGUUAUACGGGCAGCUAUAGACUCUGAUGUGUUUGACAGUCUGUGGGUAUCCACUGACCACGAUGAGAUUGAGCGGGUUGCAAAGAAAUGGGUUCAAGUACACAGGAGGAGUGCAGAAGUGUCCAAAGAUACAACCAGCUCCCUGGAAACUAUUCAAGAGUUUUGCCGAAUGAACCCAGAGGUGGACAUCAUCUGUAAUAUUCAGGCCACCUCUCCAUGCCUCCACCCACACCACCUUAUACAGGCAGUGGAGAUGGUGACCAAACAAGGCUACAACUCUGUGUUCUCUGUCGAUCGCAGACACCACUUCCGUUGGCAAGAGGUCACCAGAGAAGGGCACCGACACUAAGGCCCUGAACCUGAACCCAGCCAAGAGGCCCCGUCACCAGGACUGGGCUGGGGAGCUCUGUGAAAACGGAUCCUUUUACAUCGCCACCAAAAAACUUAUAGAUGAAGGAGUCCUGCAGGUGAGCUGAGGUCCACAGUGUUCAAGAUGCAGGCAGCAAAUUAAUCUAAUCUCAGAAUUUAAUAUUAAUUUAAUAUUAAUUUAAUUGUUACAAACAUUUAUAACAAUUGUUCAGAUACUCACCUUUAUCACAGGUCUAAUGCCAGUCAGAAGUUUCUGCCCACUCACCACUGUCUAUUGAUGAUGACCUGAGCCUCCUUCUUAUUGCAGAAUAUUAGUUGUCCCAGAAGUUGUUAGUGGUUUAUUAUAUAAUCUUUUAUGAGCUUUAUUUAAAAUAUUGAAAAGGGCAUGAAGUGUGAUCUGUUUGC